UGGGGCCAGGCGCAAAGGAUGACUUCUCCGGGCACAGACAGUUUGGGCAAGAGCCUGCAAUACCGGGUGGAUCAUCUGCUUAGCGCCGUGGAGAACGAGCUGCAGGCGGGCAGCGAGAAGGGAGACCCCACCGAGAGAGAGUUGCGAGUCACCCUGGAGGACAGCGAGCUCUGGUUGCGCUUCAAGGAGCUCACCAACGAGAUGAUCGUGACCAAGAACGGCAGGCGGAUGUUCCCGGUGCUGAAGGCGAGCGUGUCCGGCCUGGACCCCAACGCCAUGUACUCCUUCUUGCUGGACUUCGUGGCCGCUGACAACCACCGCUGGAAGUACGUGAACGGGGAGUGGGUGCCGGGCGGCAAGCCCGAGCCGCAGGCCCCCAGCUGCGUCUACAUCCACCCCGACUCGCCCAAUUUCGGCGCGCACUGGAUGAAGGCGCCCGUCUCCUUCAGCAAGGUCAAGCUCACCAAUAAGCUCAACGGCGGAGGCCAGAUCAUGUUGAAUUCCUUGCACAAAUAUGAGCCUAGAAUUCAUAUAGUGAGAGUUGGUGGCCCUCAGCGGAUGAUCACCAGCCACUCUUUCCCGGAGACUCAGUUUAUAGCUGUGACAGCUUACCAAAAUGAGGAGAUAACAGCUUUAAAAAUUAAGUACAAUCCCUUUGCAAAAGCUUUUCUUGAUGCAAAAGAAAGAAGUGAUCACAAAGACAUGAUGGAUGAAGUGGGAGAUGGCCAGCAGUCAGGGUAUUCACAAUUAGGUGGUUGGUUGAUUCCUGGAACUGGUACUUUGUGCCCUCCUGCUAACCCUCACUCUCAGUUUGGGGCAUCUCUGUCACUCGCACCUGCUCACAGUUGCGAAAGGUACUCGUCACUGAGGAAUCACCGCCCUUCUCCUUACCCAAAUCCCUACACUCACAGGAACAAUUCUCCAACAGCCUAUGGUGACAGUUCUUCAGCCUGCCUUUCUAUGCUCCAAUCCCAUGACAAUUGGUCUACUUUAGGAGUUCCACCCCCAACAAGUAUGCUGCCCAUGAGUCACAGCACUGGCCCACCAACUAGUUCCAGCCAGUAUCCCAACUUAUGGUCUGUGAGCAACAGCACCAUCUCACCUGUAUCUCAGUCAAGUGGAAUGUCUAAUGGGAUAGGAUCUCAGUUUUUGCGUGGUUCUACAACACACUACCCCACCCUUCCUCAUUCAGUCACCACCACUUCCUCCAGCUCCCCACUGUACGAUAGUGGGGCACCUACAGACAUUGCCGACAGUCAGUAUGAUACUUCUGUGCAUGCUAGACUUGCAUCCACGUGGACUCCAGUCACAACUCCUUCUAUGUAGACCAAAGACUUUCUCACUGCUCUAAACUGGGAAUUCAAAACAAAUUUCAGGGGGAAGGGCAUAGUGAAAUGGGAGAGGCAUGAAGUAGAUCAUGACAAACGAACUGUAGAACUGCACUGAUUUCUUUAUACUCCUCUCAGUAUUAGAGUGUAUCAUUAGUGGCACAGACACCUUAUGAAAUGUCUAGGUGACUUGUUUGGUACGCUGGAAAUGUUUGCCAUCCAACUUAUCUUUAUAUCAGGACACCAAGAACCUUUGCCAAUCUUCUCACUAACAGAUCAUUUUUGGAUCAAUUGAUCUCAGUUUGCAAAAAGCUGGAAAUGUAUCAGCUGUUAGACCAAAUCCACCAAAUGGGAGAUCUUGGAUUCUGUUUUGUUUUGUUUGCCUCUGGGCAGUUCUGAAUACACUUCACUAAAUAAAAUCAUAGGCUGAUUCCACACAGUGACAAGCAACUACAGCAGUUUUCUCUAUAUCUCCCUUGCCUCAGUUUCUUACAACCAUCAUCCCCCCACCCCCCUGCCAGCAGAGGACUUUUUUUUGGUACUUAUCGACAAUUGACAUAUUGCUAUUUUAUAACAAUCUAUCUACUAGGUCUUCUGAAUUCCCAGAUUUCAUUUUUUUAAAGUAAGCCCUGUAGCCUGUAGAGUUGUGUGUAUGUUAACUGCCAUCAAACGGCUUCUAACUUACAGUGGUCCUAUGAAUGAAUGACCUCCAGAACUUUCUGUCAUUAACAGUCUUCCUUAGGUCUUGUAAACUGAGGCCAUGGCUUCCUUGAUUGAGUCAGUCGAUCUCAUACUGGGUUUUCCUCUUUUCCUGCUGCCUUACACUUUUCCUAGAAUUAUUGUCUUGUCUCCGAACAUUGUUACCAAAAUAUGACAGUAUAAGUUUAGUCAUUUUAGCUUCUUGGGAGAGUUCAUACUUAAACUGAUCUGGAAUUACCAAUUUAUCUUUUUGGCAGUCCACAGUGUCUGUAAAACUCUCCUCUAAUAUUAUAUUUCAAAUAAAUCAGCUUUCUUACUGCUUAAAAAGAAAGAAAGAAAAAGAAAGCUGAGAAUUCAGAGGAAUUAGCAAAUUGCUGUAAAGUUAUAAUUCAAUAGUGAUCUAUAAAUUGUGGAUUUUUUAAAAAAAUGCUCCUGGUGACAAGACCAAAUGGCAGCUGGGGAGGGGGAGUAAUGUAAGGAAAAUGAUGCUGAGGAAGGCAGG